AUGGCUCAUCAAUCAGAAAUGGCCAGAGCUAAAUUGAAAUGUCGAUCAAGGGGCAAAGAAGAGUCCAUACCAGAGCUAGCUGAAAGCGUAGAGACUCUAACAAGAGCUGCGUACCCUGAUGCUUCGUCAGACCUUCAGGACACUAUCGCUAAAGAUAACUUUAUCGAUGCUCUACUGGACGAGGACAUGCGGUUAAAGGUUCGUCAAGCAAGACCACAGUCCCUCCAAGCAGCACUGGAAAACGCCUUGGAAUUAGAAUCCUUCCAAUUGGCUUCUCGACACCGAAAUAGAACUCCUCGUGGACCAUCCUUGAACGUGCACAAAGUCAAUGAAAAUAUCCCUCCAGAAAGUGACGAAAACUGAAGUAUCAAACGCCUUGAAUUAAUGAUUGAUCGGUUGUUGCAAGAAUUAACAAAGAACCCAAGACAUCGCCCACCCCGUCCACCGACGUCCGCCAAAUGGUGGUCCUGUGGUGAACCUGGUCAUCUGCAAAGGAAUUGUCCAAAAGAAAGCAAAGAACAAACAAACGAGCCCAAGAAUGAAGAUAGUAAAGAAAUGGAAGCAAAGAAAGAAGACCAGCAAAGAAAGCUUAGGCGCGAAGCUUCCGAAAAAUCACGGCCGGGAAACGGGAGGUGGUCGAGCUAG